AUGAAAACUAAAAUUAAAUACUCAACUAAUAUCUAGAAUAAUAAUAAUAAAAUAGUCUAAGGAAAUAUUCGUGUAUUUUGUAGAAUCAGACCUUUAUUAGACGAUGAAAUUUUAGAUAAAACUCUUGAAAUGAUAAAUGUAUAAAACUAAAAUACGCUUAAACUCUAAGUACCAUAAAGUUAAAUGAAGUCUUCAAACAACCUCAAAGAUUACUAAUUUAAUUUUAUGCACAUAUUUGACUAAAACUCAUCUUAAAAAGAUGUUUUUGAUUAAUUAAAUUUCUUUAUUUCGACAGCUAUACAUGGAUAUAAUGUUUGUAUAUUCUCUUAUGGUCCCACUGGAUCUGGUAAAACUUAUACAAUGUACGGUAGGGAGGAAAAUAUUGAAUAAUAGGGCAUAAUUCCUAGAUCUAUAAUAUAAACAAUUAAUUAAAUUUUAGAAAUUUAGAAAAAAGAUAACAAUAUAGAUAUUGAAAUUAGUUUAAUAGAAAUUUAUAACGAAGAAUAUAAAGAUUUAAUAGAAGAAAAAAAAUGCUAAAAAAAAGAAGAAAUUUAAUUUUUGCCUAUUAAAAUUAAAGAAAAUAGUGCACAAAAAAUACUACAAAUCAUUAAAAUAGCAUUACAAAAUAGAAAAUUAAGAAUAUAUUUAAUUUGUUGA